CAUCCCGCUCCUUCCCCAGUGCAUAUAAACCCAAGGUCGAGGGCGCACGCCUCACUCCCACUGGUAUUCUCCUGCAAGGUUGACUCCUGUGACUCUCUCUCUACCUUUUCAACUACAAUCCUGCGUUCAUUUUCGUGAGGACGUACACACGCUUUACUUAAGAGGUGAUCGCGCCUGUGUGUGUGUGUAAUCGCAGGGCAUCGUCCCCGAGGACACACCAUGAGGGUCCUGCUUGUGUUAGCGGUCCUGUUGACGGUGGUGACAGCCGCCGUCUUCGAGAGUGAGAGGCUCAGACGGGCCCUGACGGAGGACGACAACGACGACGAGGGGACACGAGGGGAGAUCUGGGCGGUGCUGUUGGCUGGUUCCAAUGGUUGGUGGAACUACCGGCAUCAGGCGGACGUGUGCCAUGCCUACCAGAUCCUUCACCAGCACGGCGUCCCUGACGAUCGCAUCAUAGUUAUGAUGUACGAUGACAUCGCUCACAAUGUCGAGAACCCGAACCAGGGGGUGGUAAUUAACCGUCCUAGCGGCCCUAACGUCUACGAAGGCGUCCCCAGAGACUACACCGGCAGGGACGUCACCCCAGAGAACUUCUUGAAGGUCCUACAAGGCGACGCAGAGGGCCUGAAGGGGGUAGGCUCCGGUAAGGUCCUCAAGAGUGGACCGAACGACCGAGUCUUCAUCAACAUGGUGGAUCACGGAGCUCCUGGAAUCUUCGCCUUUCCACACGGUUACCUCAAUGCUACUUCUCUGGUGGAUGCUCUUCUGGCCAUGCAUCAGGCUAAUAGGUACUGGCAGAUGGUGAUGUACGUGGAGUCGUGUGAGUCCGGAUCCCUCUUUCAAAGUCUCCUUCCUGACGACAUUGAAGUAUACGCCUUGAGCGCCUCCGCGCCCGACCAGCACUCGUACGCCUGCUACGAGGACGACACCCUACACACCUUCCUCGGCGACGUCUUCAGCGUCAAGUGGAUGGAAGACACCGAUGUGGAGAACCUACACCAGGAGACGCUGAAGAAGCAGUUCCUACUGGUGCGGAAGGAGGUGGUGACCUCGACAGUCAUGCACUGGGGCGAGCUGAAGUUGGCAGCCCAAAAGAUGUCCAAGUUUCUUGGCAAGAAGGAUCCCCAUCGCAUCUUCAACCACAUUGCUAACUAUGAUUAUGAGGCUUUCAGCCCCCCAGUGUCUUCCAAGUUCAAUGAUGCUUGUCUGAAUACGUCGGUGCCGAGCUACGACGUGCCUCUGGCCAUCCUCAAGUCCCGUAUCAAGAGUGCUGCCACUCCAGACGAGGAACAACACUGGAAGGAGGAGCUCACCGCCCUCCGCCUGAACCGAGGACUUGUGAGGUUCGUGAUGGAGCGCCUGGUGAGGGAGGUGACUGGCGUCCAGGCGACUGCUAACAUGAUCACCAGCAGGGAACACUACCAUGGGAUAUCCCGUCGAUCCUGUUACGAAGACUCCGUCCGAACCUUCCACGACCACUGCUUCGAUCUGGCCGAGAAUCCGUUCGCUCUGAGGGUCGUGAACAGCAUUGUAAACUUGUGUGAGCAUGGGUAUACUCAUGAAGCGUUCCUGGAGGCUACUCGGGUCGUAUGUACCCACCAGACAUACACAGGUAUCGUCUGAGGGCCCCCCUGUCUCAAAGAGGACCCGUCAGACCUCCACAGGUAUCGUCUGAGGGCCCCUGUCUCCAACAGGACCCGUCAGACCUCCACAGGUAUCGUCUGAGGGCCCCUGUCUCCAACAGGACCCGUUAGACUUCCACUGGUAUCGUCUGAGGGCUCCCUCCUCCGGCCGCGCCCCUAUUUACUCAUUGCAGCACUAUCCUGUAUUGCAAUAGCCUGUCUCAACAAAUCACAGAUGCAUGGGCCACUAUGUACUGAUACGACAUGUCAAAGACACAUUUUCAGAGUUUUCCAUUUAGCUAAUUUAGCCAAGUUCCUUAAUGAUCCAGUAAUUAGUGACGUAUAGGUUGACAGUGAUACAGUUGACCUCAAAAUAUAAUGACAGUUUUCAGUGAUAAAUUGAUGUUUGUAGUUGACAGUGUAGAGUGCAGAUCACUAAUAGACUCCUGUCUAUUCUAACAUUAGUGGAUUAUAUCCAGUACAGAGAAGCAGUGAUAAAGGAGUAACAGUAGAAUGAAGACUUAAGAAAAUGCUAAGAAACAAAGAAGUAGAUAACGCUAAUGAAUUAAGGAAGUGAUAUUGUGAUGAAACAAGGACGAACGAAGGAUUAAGGAAAAAAAAUAAUGGAAGCAUGAACAG